UUUUUAAUGGUAAAACUCUUCAACUAUGUUUACUUAAUGUAGAAACUCCUAAACUUAAAAUUUACCGGUAGUAAUGAUAAUUAUGACUUGAUAGGAUUUAAUUCAUUAAAUAAAGUUAGUUUGAGGGGUUUUCCGUUAAAUACUUAAUUUAGGGGUUUUUACCCAAAAUAAACUUAAUUGAGGGGUUUUAACGUUAAAAAUCUUUUUUUAUAUAGUAAUUUUCUUUUUGGAAUUAGGGCCUUGAUUUGUAAAUAUUAUAUAGAUUAGGUCUUAUAUUUUAACUUGUAAUAGUACUAUUGGAAAAUAAAUUUUUUGGCACAAGGUCCAUAUAUUGGUUGUGCCGGGCCUGAAGCCAGAUCAGUGACAAUGAUCAUUUCACUAUGUACAAGUUUGUUCUUUCGCUCGUUAGAUUUUCAAGAAAAUGAUUUAUUUUUACAGGUGAUAACAUGGCGCAGCAUCUGUUGCACGCAACCAUCUACGAAGUUGAUGAACUCCCCGGUGGUGGCGUCACCUGAAGCAGCUGCUGAAGCUGGGCUCGUUAGUGGGAAGGAUAACAUCCUGAGUUCCUUUGCUUGGGCUGCUGAUGGUAUUACUCCUGAGGACAUCAAAUCUCUGCAUCUAAUCCCAAAAGAGUUGUCUCUCAAGAUCAUUAGCAAGAUCGAGAAAGGGGAGACGUUUAGGGUUUAUGUUGUGGUUCCAAUGUGGCCAGAAGGUCUCCCGGAGAGUGGAUCAGUGCAAGCUAUAUUGAGUGGCAGAAGAGGACCAUUGGAUAUGAUGUAAUGGGAGGCUAUCAACCACACCACUUGUCUCAUUAAAAUAAUAUGAAAGUGUUGUUUGUAUUGAUGCUCAUGGUCACGUAUAUAUACAUCGUAUAGUUUCUUAAUACUAACUAGAUAUGGAUAAACACAAUAUGAAGUUCA